CAUUUGAGUCUGACAGGAAAGAUUAGAGCAGUUUUCAAGCAGGUGCCUGAGAAAACUAAAUUUAUUUCCAAAUUUAUCCUCACUGAUGGUCCCACAGCAGGAAAAUGCCUGAAGCUGAAGUUCUUUACUCUGAUAUUAAGUUCAAGAGAGUGAGGGGAAAAACAGACGUGGCCACACCCUCUACGGAUGAACCCACUUAUUCCGAAGUCAAGACCUCAAAAGCUCAGCGACCUGCAGAGCUGCCUGGCUCCAAACAACCUGCAGCAUCAAACAGGCGAUCGGGGGUCACAUCGGAGCGAGUGGCCCUGCUGGUCCUCAGUGUUCUCCUGACAGCUGCCGUCACAGCUCUUGGUGUAACCCUUCAUGAAAAUACUCAAACCAAGAAGAGUCUCCAAAAGAGUCAAGAUGAGGCAAAAAAUCUCACAGUUGAAAAUACUCAAACCAAGAAGAGUCUCCAAAAGAGUCUCCAAAAGCUUCAAGAUGAGGCUAAAAAUCUCACAGUUGAAAAUACUCAAACCAAGAAGAGUCUCCAAAAGAGUCUCCAAAAGCUUCAAGAUGAGGCUAAAAAUCUAACAGAAAUACUCAAUAAGAGAGAACCGUGCAAAGUGGAGCAGCCAUGUAAACCUCCUCCAGUAAGAAAGGAAACAUGUCCGAGGUGCGAGGACGGCUGGGAGCCACAUGGAGGAAAGUGCUACUUCUUCUCCUCAGUUACUUUAAACUGGACUCAGAGUAGAAGACAAUGCAAAUCAAUGAGAGGAGACCUGGUUGUGAUAAACAGCAGAGAGGAGCAGAGAUUCCUGGUGUCUAAAGUGAGUGAACAAAUGGAAACUGAUGAGGUAAAGUUCUGGAUCGGACUGACAGACUCAGAGAGAGAGGGUGAAUGGCUUUGGGUGGACAACACACGACUGAAUGAAAGUUUGACGUUUUGGCGUGAGGGCGAGCCAAACAACGUGAAAGGGGAGAAUCCUGAUGGAGAGGACUGUGUGACGAUGUGGGAGAAAGACGGAGUCACGAACCUGAAGACCUGGUUCGAUCAAUCCUGCAAAUCAUCUAAAAAAAGUAUUUGUGAGAAAACAGAAAGUUGGAUCAGAUUGAGCUCGAGUCCUCAGCCACUUUCACAAACUGAGGCAUGAAUCUUUGUUAAUGAAGAUCUUCUUCAGACAUAAACCACUUUGAAUAAUAUCUAGAGUCUCUUAUGUUCUUCAGUUUCCUUGUUAUUUUAAAGUGACGUCUACUCCUCCCUCAUAUAAAAUCUAUGAAUAUUAAA